GUUAAUAUUGCAGGUUAUGUUUUUGUAUUUCAAUGAUAAAAAAAUAUUUAUUUAAGAAUUAUUGUCAUUUUCAAUCAAGAUGAACAUACAGGAGUUGACUAAAUUGAAUACAAGUCUAGCUACUGAAUUUCCAAAUGAGUAUAGAAAUAGAAUUUUGAAAUUGGCAUUUUCUACAUAUCUUCCUACAACCCAAGAUCGCUCAAAAUCUAUUGAUAAUUUCUCAAGAGAUACUGGAAUUGCUAGAGAAGAUAUCUAUGAAGUCUUGGGGAUUUAUAUAAUAUUAUUAAAAACAUUUUUGCAAUGUAGUGAUAAUGAAUUUCAAGAGAGGUUAGUGGAGCUAGGAUUUUCUUCAGAUUUCAUAGAAAAUCUUCCAUUUAUAGGAAAUAGAGAAGAAAUUAUACUCAAUCUUCAAAAAAACUAUUCUAAAGAUUUUGGAAAACUGUCAUCACUAAAAUGGAGAAUUGAUAUAAGUUUAAGUCAAAGAUUGAAUUUCUGCAUACAAAAAGAUGUUAUUAUCAAAAUUCACCAGUGGCUUGGAAAUGAAAGCAUCCGAGCAACAGAUUGGAGAUGGCAUUUUGAUGAAGGUUUAUUACACCCCUACACUUGAUGUACUUUUAAAAAUGAUUUUUUUUCAAUGCAAAAAAGGGAGAGACUAUAAUUAAUGAAGCUCAUUCAAUUCAGUACUGGAGUUCAGAAGAUCCUUUAAUGUAUUGGUGACUUGUGACUUUUCUUUGUAUUGAACAUCUGCUGAAACAUAGCUGGAAAACCAGUGAUAUGUUGGGUAGGUUCUUUGAAGCAAUUGUGAAGAGACCCCUAUUAAAUUCUUUUUUGAAUAAAUUUUGCUUUUAUUUUACUUUGACAUAAUAUGUAAAUAUAGAUUUGGGGUAUCAUAUACACUGCCACCCAAAGGAUCUAUUGUGUCCUCCUUUUUUGCUGUG